AGCUGAUAAAUUUUCACUAGAAAGGAAUUUAGAUGUUACAGAAAUAAUUUAUUUAAACAUGGAGAGUCCAGAGAGCACAGCUAAUUGAAUAAAUUGUCACAGCGUUUUGGAAGUUGCCGACAUUUAGCGAAUAGUUCCAAAGGUGGCAUUCUGCAAUUUACUGUAUGCGUGUGAGAAGAGACACUCGCAGUUUGCCGACAAUUACAAAAACAGUUUUUUUAUUAAUCAAAAGAUUUAAGAGAACUAAUGAAAUAUCAAAUUCGAUUGAUGGACAUAUUAUUUGAAGAUAGUAAAAGAUAUUAAAAUUAGAGGUAUUCAUGACCUUUGAAAUUUGAAUGAAAUAUAAACUUAAGAAAAGGGAUUUUCAUAAUGCUAUCAUUGACGGGUUAAGAAUAACUAAAUGCAUAGUCGGUUGAGUUACUCAAAGUCUAUCACUAAGCUGUAGGGGUCAUUAAAGCUCCUAUAUAACUGUGGUUUCGAGGUUAGGAUGAAAACCUAUACGAAUUACUCUCAAAUAUUAUCUGAUAAAGGACUAAGGAAAGAUUAAUCAUAAAUUCGUCAGUUAAAUUAGACUUCUUUUCAUCGAUUUUGUAGUGCUGAUACCAUUUGUCUUUGUUGCUUAACUGAGGAUACACAAUAUGUACAAAAUCAAUUUAUAAAGACUGGCGUGGUUUUUUUUGAAGAUGAGCCAGCCAGAAGUGUCUCCUUAUAAAGAGGAGCAAGAUAAUAGAAAUACAGACACUAAAAUUGGCUUUUUUGAAACAAAUGGGUGCUCUGAUAUCGGUGGUGCUUUUCCACCCAAUGAAGCCUGUGUUACAAUUCUUGAUGUUGUGUCUUUGGUGUUUUCGAUUGUUACACAUUUUCUUGAUAUGGGAUUAGAUAUCAAUCUGGCCAUUAGAUAUUAUCUUGAUGGCCAAAUUAUGUAUUUUGCUUGGACUCUUGCCUUUAUUAUAUUUCCAAACGUUGUCAUCACUAUCAUCAGUCUCAGAAUGCAGUAUCAGGAUCGUGAAAUGAUCCCAGAGAAUAGUAUUCAACGUAGGGAUAUUAUAGCAACAAGAGUAUUUGCUCAGCGCAGAUUAUACUGCGAAUUUCUUCUUCUGUGCCAAAUGACACCCGUGCUACACUAUUAUGACAGUUUAAUGUAUGCUCUAAGAUCUCGAAGUUAUAAAAAAAUGGGUAAUCGCAAAGGAGAGAGGUAUUAUUAUCUGAAAAUGCUUAAAGAGGACCAAGAUAUAGCACUAUUAAGAGUCUUUGAGUGUUUUCUUGAAGCAGCACCGCAACAAAUUUUGCAAAUUACUAUUUUCCUCAGGGCUCGUGAAGAGAGAUUUAGCUUUUCACUAUUACAUCAAGCUGCCAGUGUAAUAAGCUCUCUAAUAAGUAUGGGAUGGGCAAUGGCAAGUUAUCACCGAAAUAUCCGAUUGGCGCAGCUUGACAAAACAAAAAUUGAUAUAGUUGGAACCAUCCUCCAAUUUUUGUGGCACUUUUUCGUCACAGUAUCAAGAAUCAUAUCAGUGAGUGUAAUAGCCAGUGUGUGGCCAUUAUAUACAGCUAUUGGCUAUGCGCUACAUUGGAUUGCGAUGACAUCGUGGCUAGUCGCGGAGCCUUACGGAGUAACAGAAUUUUGUCGGAAUCGAAGUCACGCACCUCAUACUCCCCUUACAAUUAGAGCAAGAGUGGGUUCACUUUUGUUUGCCUGCGUACUUGGAAUAGUCUAUUUAUUUACGUACUUAAAUCCAACCGAGGGCCGAACAUUUCUUAGGCAUUUAUUUUAUUAUAUUGUGUGCUUAUUUGAAAAUGUUUUAGCUAGUAUGUUGUGGGCUUUCGUAUCGACGGAUGAGGCACGUGCACAUUGGUUUUUUAGAACUUUCGUAGCUCUUUGUAUUGUACCUUUCCUGUUUGGAAUUGCUGCCAUGAUUUCGUAUUAUAAAUGGUUUCAUCCUUCGACUAAACGAAAGACCACGACUACCAUAAUGCUCAAACCCAGCUGACAUGAUCAAUAAGAUAGCUGCACG